CGAAGCAGGCGGCAGCGCCAAGAUGUACGAUGACGCGAACUCAAGGCAAUCGCGUGUGUACGCCGCCUCUGAGAGGAGCCUCUCUGAGCGAUGCGAGACUACCCUCGGCGCCCGAACACCCCGGCUGCUGCUCCGUCGUCGUCGUCGUCGUCGUCGUCGUGGAUUGGGCCUCGGCCUCUCUCGGUCUCUCGCUCUCGUUCGCUCUCGUUCGCUCUCGUUCGCUCACUUUUCCAUUUGCCCUCUUGUGGCGCUGAUAGCUUCGCGCUCGUCCCGGGGGCCUUCCUUCGGGGAACGGGUUUUGGGUCCGGUCUGGGGUUUUCGGUGUUUUACGUUCACACCAACUAACGACGUGUGGAUGGAAAGAUCAUCGUCGUCGUCGCAACCGUCGUCGUCGUCGUUGUGUACGCAAAGAGCAACAUCGGCAUUAACAGCCUACAAGAAGAAGAAGAAGAGGUAGAGUUUCUCUGUGUGUAGUGGCGGUGGAGCGGGGCGAUAGGCCCUAUAGUGUUUUACUUAAAAGUGUUGGCCACAGUACGAGUACGAGUGAGUGCCAAAACAAUAGUGCCCAGCAAGUGAUCAAGGUGUGUUGGUUGGUUAGUCCGUGUUGUGUGUUGGACAUUUUAGUCAAGAAAACACACGCGUACACAACCGUCAUUGUCGCCGCUGUGUUGAUGAAAAGAUUUGAUUUGUGAGCAAAAGCGAGCCAGCAGCAGCAGCAGCAGCAAAUACGAGCAGGAGGAGAAGGAGGCCGAUACAAAAGUAUUCAUCGCAACGUGACAAAAAAACCGUGCAGCAUCGAGAGGGAGAGAGAGAGAAAGGCUGUGUUUGUGUGUGUGUGUGUGUGUGUGUAUAUGUGUGCGCCCACUGAAACAAUAGAUCCAACAGAGGAAGAGAAGAGGACACAAGGAGGAGCAUCACCAGCAGGAAAGUGAAAGAAACCGGAGAGAACUGCAAGCAUCGGAUCGCAGCUUCUCAUCAUCGACGAGAGUACGUCUUUUUGGCGCUGGUGCGUGCCGCGUCGACGCGUUUGGGGUACGAAGGAGAAGGGCAGCGCAAAGCCACCGUCGUCGUCGUCGUCGUCGUCGUAGUAGUCCUCAGUUUCCCUUUCGUGCAAGCGCGUCACACUUAGCAACAGGAGCAGAAGCAGGAGUGGGAGAGAGAGAAAGAGGGAGGAGAGGUGCCAUUGGCGCGCAACAUGUGUGCAGCAACGGCACCGGUAACGGUGAAACAGGAACGUCACGAUGAGGCCGAAAUCAAGGAGAUGGCCGAGAAGAUCAUGGAGGUACACAAACAGCAAAUAGCGAAAGCGGCCGCCACCGCAACACUACAACAGCAACAGAUACUACCGGGAACGGCGGUCGUUGGUGGUGGAGGAGGGGCCGCGGUACGAACAGCCGGCGGUAUGCUAGCGGGCGGUUCACAAGCCGCCUCAGUAUCGGCGACGGCAGGCGUAAACGGCAUUAGUGCAGCAGCAGCGGCAGCGGCAGCCGGAGGGCAAGCCAACAUACUAAACUAUCUGACGCGCAAACCAACCGCGUCCAACACGACUCCGGCCAACGGUGCCACGGCCGGAAUGCACACCGGUACCGGCGUCUCGCAGAAUGGUGCCAACGGCACAAAGGGAGGGAGCGGCACGCUGGAAGGCAGCAGUAUCGAGGUGUGCGACGAGGAAAGCCUGAAGGGACACUUUGGGUGGGAGACGUUCCCGAACAAAACCUACAUUCCCUACAUACUGCGAGAACAGGAGCGGUACUGUUCGGUGCGCAUGCUGGAAACCCGGCUACUGGGCAAGUACCUCAACUAUCUGCACCAGGACAUCUACACCUGCACCUGCGUCAAGUCGUACUUUAUUACCGAGGCCGAGAGUAAGCUGCUGAACGAGAUCAACGCCAAGCACUCGGACAUGUACUUUGGGCGCGAGAUGUUCACGAUGAGCGAUGGCGUCGUGCGGUUGACCGAUGCGCACAAGUUCUACCGCUUUCUGGACGUGUGCUACCACAAGCUGAUGAUGGGUUGCAGCACACCGAACGACAAGUGCGGCUUCAUACGCAUCAACAAGGAAUCCGUCGUACCGUACACGGUGCGCGAUGGCCAGAAGAUGGUGCCACUGUUUUACUUCGAGGGUGAAACCGAUAACCUGCGGCUGAAGGCGGACAAUCUGUCCGGAUGGGAUCUGUCGUAUUUGAAGUUUUGCUGUAAGGUGCAGGGCAUCCGGAAUGAGCUGUUCGCUAGUGAUUCGGUGGCGGUCAUUAGUUUAACCGACAUUAAGGGAUACUUUCCACCCGGUACCGAGUUUGAAGAUUACUGGCCGAGCAAGGUGGUCGAUUCCCAGCUACUGUCCGGUUCGAAGAGCAACACCACGGUCCACUGGACGAGGCAACCGGCGCACGCACCACAGAAGACGUCCGGUGGUAUGCACGGCGGCGGUGGUGGUGGUGGUGGUGGCGGCUCCCAGGGUCGAAAGGUCUCCAACAACAACAACAACAGCAACAGCAAUGCAUACCAAGCGCUACCGACGCAAGCGAAUCUUGCCAAAAACAACCUGCAAAUGAACAGUAUUACAGCGGCGGCCGUUCAGGCCAUCUCUAACAAUUGGAAUCUCGUGAAUGGUAACCAUGGAAACAUGCUUACUCAGCAAGAGCAACUCCUACGGAUAACGCAAGCACAACAGACUGCACAGGCGCAAGCACAGAUUCGUAGCAUGCAAUUUCAGCAGUACAGUUCCUAUCUCAACAGUGCCCUGUCGAUGACACCACGCGGUUCCCAGAAUCAGGCGGUACCACCGCCGCUAGUCCGUUCGCAGGCCGCUCAUCUGUCAAAUGUCGGUGGAGGUGCAUGUGGUGUUGGUGGUGCUAGUGGUGCCGGCGGCGGCAGCAGCGGUAGCGCGUCCGGAGCCGGUAAUGGUGGUGCUGGUGGUGGUGGUGGCGGCGGCGGCUCCCUGCGCUCGACCAGUACCAGCAAUCCAUUGCCGUACCUGAACCCUGCCCUCUCCAUAUUCGCCACCUCAAGCAGUCCCAAUGGCACCGUCAACAUGUCCCGCCUGAACCAUCAGCAGAUCAGUGAGCUCACGACGUCGCCCGGUGGGAACCGCGAAUCGCUUCUCUCGGGCAACAGCGCCUUCGGUGGAUUAUCGCUAGGGCGUAACGUUACCAUCACACCGACGUCGGCCAACAGCACCGGCAGCAGCUACCAACGUGGGACAGCAGGAGGCAGUGGUCAAUCGAAGAGUGGCGCCUACUACAACCAAUCGGGCGUGCCGGUAGCGUACCCGAAAAACCCGCCUGUUUCGAUCACCGCUCUUCCGAUCGGUUCUCCAACGCGUGCCUCACCGAAGGGCGUGCAGGCACGUCAACCACCGCCUGCUUUGAUCCCUGUGCAGGGAGGGGAAGGUGUUGGUGGUGGCCACCAGGUGCCACCGUAUCCACAGAAUGCCGUCGAUCUGGUGACGCAGUUGACGAGCCUGUUCGGUUCGGAUAAGCUCGAGAUGAUACAGGAUCUGCUGCAAGAUAUGGGUGUUGGCGGCGGUGCCAUUGGGCAGGCUCGCGAGCGAAGCAACACCAGUCACCUUACCACACCUUCGUACCGGGACCACACCACCACUGGUAGCGUUUCGGUGACCGGAGGGUCGGCGGGUUCCUCCUCUUCUGUUAUUGUGCAUGACGGUGGUAGUAGACGUGGCGGUGGUAGUAGAGUAGACGAGUUUGCGCGGAACCAACAGAGCGUCAUCAAGAGCGCCAUCGGAAGCAACGGCGGCAGCGGAAGCUACGCUUACCGUGGCCAUCAUACCGGGUCCGGCGGAACGUUGGAUGUAAUCGAUCUGUCUUCUUCCCCAAGGUCCAGCAUGGCCGGAGCGGCAACCCUCAGCCAGCAACACCAGCAGCAACUGCAGCAGGCGGCGGUCGCCCAACAGCAGGCACAGCAGCAGCAGCAACAAUCACAAUCCUCUGGUGGUGGUAGUAGCAGCGGCAGCAAGCGAUCAGCGAGCGGAUCUUCGGGCCAUUCCGGCGGCAGCAGUAGUCGAUCAAGCACUAUCAUCAGUUCCUCGAGCGGUGGUGGUGGCAGUAGCGGAGGUUCCAUUACUAGCAGUAACAGCUAUCGCAAUGCCACUAGCGUGAGCGUGUUGCAACAGUUGCAGCAGCAGCAACAGCAACAGGCGGCUGCCGCUGCAGCUGCCAUCGCUGCCGCGGCCUCUGCCGUCGUCGGUAGUGUGGGUGAUACGCCCCGUAAUCUGACCAUCAUACCAGAGCUAAACAUUGGCGUAACCCCGUACAAACCGUACGAGGUGGUGAAGAAACCGGUGGAAAACAAAAUCAUCUACUGCGUCAACAAGACGCCCUAUCGACACAACGAAUAUCUGAUGACCAUUUUUGAUUUGAAGGAUGUGUUUUUCCCCUAUGUUAACCUGGAAAUGUGUCGCCGGGUGCUGACCGCGCUGGAAAUUAAUCUUUUCAUCGGCAAUAGCCUGCAGUAUCAAGCCCUGCUGGAAGCUGGCCGCACGAAUGUGGACAAAAUGCCAAUGGUGCAGGUGACCGAUGUUAUGACUUAUAUGCCGCAACUGCAGUACAUGGUGCGGAGCCAGAUCCAGGAUACGCCCGCCAGCAAGCGGGCUCGCAUCAGCUAG